AUGUCAUAUUCUUAUGUUAAUUAAGAGUAUCCUGAGACUAAGUCACAUUCAGAUUACUGUGAUUAAUUUGAUAAGUGGGAAUAAAAUUAAACUCAAGCAACUAGAAGAAAUUCUCUUCCUACUUAAUUAGAGGAUGGGGAAAAGAAUUUAAAAGAAAGAUACAUCCUUAGUCGUAUUAAUGAAUUAGGAUUAGACUAGAAUAAGGCUCUAUAUAUCCUGGAAAAUAUGGCUGAGGAAUGCAUUAAGCAACAUGAUGAAAAUGUAGUUUUACAUAGAGUCAUUUAGACUAUUCUAUUAAUGGAAGUACAGUAUUUAAUAUCUAAGAUAGUCAUUUCCAAAAGCAACAUCGAAAUAAUAAUAAGGACAUUAUUUUGACUAAAUCAAAUAAUUGAUAGGAAAAGCAAGUCCCAAUCUUUUUAGCUAUUUAAAUGAUCAAAAUUAUAAGGAGCAAAAAGAAAAUUUAUUAGGUCUAACUUGCAACAUAUGCUUAAAUGAAUUGAAGAAAUAAAAUAUUAAACUAGAAUGUUAUCAUAGUUUUUGUGUGUACUUCUUAAAAAUAAUACUAGAGAUUGCCUGCAAAAUUAUAUCAUCGAGAAGAUUAAUAUUGGAUAAGUCGAAGAAAUCAAUUGUCCAUAAAUUGAUUGCGAAUUUAAAUUCAAUAAUGAUAUUUUGGAAUCCUUACUAGAUCAAGAAAAUUUCAAAAAAUUAAAGCGAUUUAGAAAUAUGAGGAAGAUCUAAUUGGAUUAAAAUUUCAUUUGGUGUCCUAGACCUGGUUGUGAAGAAAUUGUGAGAAAAAGUAAAAUGGGAACUCUCAAAUGUUCAUGUGGAUAAUAUAUUUGCCAUCAUUGCAAUAGGAAAUCUCAUGUAACCCUAUCUUGCAAAGAUCAAUUAGAUGAAGAUAUUAUUAAAUAUGCUAAGAAAUUAAAAGUAUAAAGGUGCGAUAACUGUAGAUCACUUAUUCAAAAAAGGGAAGAAUGUAAUCACAUGGUUUGUCAAUAGUGCAAAUAUUAAUUUUGUUGGCUAUGCAAAUAGAAAUUCACAGAUAAACACUAUAAAUAUUACAACAUAUUUGGCUGUCCUGGAAUGAGAUUUUCUCAAAGAGACCCUUUUAAAUAUCCAAACAUAUGUAGAUUUUUUAGAUUUUUAUUUGUUCUAAUAUUUGGAGUUCCCAUCUUUUUGAUUGGAUUUAUAAUUGGAUACAUCGUUCUAUCAUUUGCACUACCUGCUAUUAUUUAUAUGAAUAGUGUCCAUUUUGAGUAGUUUUAGAAGUAUCAUUGUUGCAAGAAAACAGCAUAUGUUAGUUUAUUAUCGAUAGCUUGCAUAUUAUUAUCACCAUUCAGUUUUGUUGUUGUUACCAUCUUUUUUAUUCUACUUAUAAUUUUUUGGAUAUGUUAUGGAAUAUAGAUCCUUUAUGACUGGCUAAAAAAAAAAUGA